AUGCUCUACCUGGUUGGCCUCGGCCUCUCCGACGAGACGGACAUCACCGUCAAGGGCCUCGAGGUGGUUAAGAAGGCCUCCCGAGUCUACCUCGAGGCCUACACCAGCAUCCUCCUCGUCGACAAGUCGGUUUUGGAAACCUAUUAUGGCCGCCCCGUGAUCGUAGCCGACCGAGAAAUGGUCGAAUCCGACAGCGACGCCAUCCUACACGACGCGCAAAACGUCGACGUGGCCUUCCUCGUCGUCGGCGACCCCUUCGGCGCGACCACCCACACCGACAUCGUGCUCCGCGCGCGCGAGCUGCACAUCCCCGUGCGCACCGUCCCCAACGCCUCCAUCAUGUCGGGCAUUGGCGCGGCUGGACUGCAGUUGUACAAUUUCGGCCAGACAGUCAGUAUGGUGUUUUUCACCGACAACUGGCGGCCGGCGAGUUUUUAUGAUCGGAUUAAGGAGAAUCGCGAUAUUGGACUGCAUACGCUGGUGUUGUUGGAUAUCAAGGUGAAGGAGCAGAGUUUGGAGAAUAUGGCGCGGGGGAGGAAGAUCUAUGAGCCGCCGCGGUAUAUGACGGUGGGGACGUGUGCACAGCAGAUGUUGGAGGUGGAGGAGGAAAAGGGGCUGGGGGCGUACGGGCCGGAGAGUCUGGCGAUUGGCGCGGCGAGAGUCGGGGGGAAGACGGAGAAAUUUGUGGCGGGAACGUUGAAGGAGUUGUGUGAGGCGGAUGAUGUGUUGGGGCCGCCGUUGCAUAGUUUGGUGUUGUUGGGGCGGAGGACGCAUGAGCUGGAGCAUGAUUUUGUAAGGGAGUUUGCGGUGGAUAGGGAGAAUUGGGAUCGGAUAUGGAAGGCCGAGUAUCAGGGGAAGCACUAG